AUGAAGCUUUUCUUUGUUUUCAACUGCCAAAAUAGCUUUUCAAUGGUGGCUACCCUUUCUUAUAGUCUUGUUCUUCCUCGGACUGAAGCAUCUUGGAACAAGAUAAUAAAGAAACAGUUGCUUGAACGGAAACCUGAAAAGGCCAUGCUUACUUUCCUGCGCAUGCGAGAGCUUGGUCAUUCUGCUGAUAAUUUUACAUAUCCUAUUCUGCUUAAAGCUGCUGCAAAUCUGUCCCUGGAGGGAGUUGGAAUAGCCCUUCAUGGUCAGAUAAUAAAGACUGGUUUCAGCGACCAUUCUUUCGUCCAGACUGCUCUGCUCAAUCUGUACUCACAUUUGGGACGCAACGAUGAGGCCUGGAGAGUUUUCGAGAAGAUUUCUGCAAAAGAUGAGGUCGCCUGGAACUCAAUGUUGGAUGCAUAUGCAUCUGUUGGUGACAUGACGAAUGCAAUGACAAUCUUUGAUUCGAUACCUUGUAACGACCUCCUGUCUUGGAACAUAAUGGUAUCUGGAUUUGCUCGAAUUGGAAACCUGAAAUUAGCUGAGAGUUUCUUCGAUCAAAUUCCAACAAGAGACAUUAUUUCUUGGAAUUCCAUGAUAUUGGCCUGUUGUAAUGCUGGAGAAAUGAAGAGGGCAGAGCUUUAUUUUGAAGAAGCGCCUUCCAGAAACACGAUCACCUGGAACACGAUGCUUACUGGAUAUUCGGGUUCAGGUAGUUUUGAUAAGGUGAUUGCUUUGUUUGAAGAAAUGAAGAAAGACGAAAACUGUAAUCCUGACUAUUUAACAAUCGCCAUUGUUUUAUCUGCUUGUGCCAAUUUGGGAUCACUGGAGAAGGGCAAAGAGGUGCACAUUUUCGCUCUCGAGGAAGGACUAACAAGAAGUCCACAUGUUACAACUUCUUUGAUAGAUAUGUAUUCGAAAUGUGGAAGGAUUAUGAGUUCCAUAGAAGUUUUCUUCAAGUCUCAGAUAAAGGAUAUCUAUUGCUGGAAUGCUAUGAUUUCAGGGCUAGCUCUUCAUGGUCACGCCUUCGCGGCCCUGAAACUGUUUGCUGCAUUGAUGGGAAAUGAUCUAAGGCCUGAUGACAUAACCUUUAUCGCCUUACUUAGCGCCUGUGCUCACGCAGGAUUAGUUCUGAAGGGUCUCGGGAUUUUCAGCUCUAUGGAGAAGGAAUAUGGAAUUAGUCCCAAGCUGGAACACUACGGAUGCCUCGUUGACCUUCUGAGCAGAGCUGGUUACUUAGACGACGCGUUCCUAAUCAUCGAAUCAAUGCCAUUCGAGCCGUGUAAGUCUGCACUAGGUUCUCUGCUUGCUGCUUGUGUGAAGUACAGCAAUGCCGGAAUCGCAGAAAGAGUAUUGGCAUUGUUGUUGAAGAGAAAUGAAGAGUUGAGUGAUGGAGAAUACAUGAUGAUGGCCAAUUUAUUUGCCUCUUGCAAACAAUAUGAUGAAGCAAACAGGUGGAUUGACAUGAUGAAUGACUCAGGUGUUACAAAGACUGCUGGAUGUAGCAAUGUUGAGGUUAAUGGAAACAUUUACAAAUUCUUGGCUGGAGAUAACAACCUUUUAAUGGAAAUGCAGUUGAUUUAG